AUGGGGAAGGUGUAUCAGCUGGAGCUGGCUCAAGGCAUCUCAGCGAUGGAAACGAGGCAGAUAAGAGUCAAGCCAGGCUUCUUCUGUAAUGGUGAGUCUCGUUUGAGGAGACAGGAUGUCGGCUUGAAAAGCCACCUGGAUCAGCUAGAUCAGCGAAUAAGUGAGCUGAAAUUGGACGUCAGCAAGACCUCCAGUGAAUACUUGGAUAGUGACAGCCGGCCCAGCUCAGGCUUCUAUGACCUGAGCGACGGUGGUUCUUGCUCGCUCUCCAAUUCUUGUACCUCUGUGUACAGUGAGUCCAUCUCCUCCUCCCACACCAGUCUCUUGCCCGGCUCUCAACACCCUAAAGCAAGGCUCAGUGUGUUUGAUUACCGACCCAAGUCUGCAGACGAAACUACUGUGCACACCACCAGCUUCCAACAGCAGGGAACCUAUGUCAGUGAUGGAUGUCGGAUUACGGCUAGCACAGAUGUUUCUGGGACUCCUGCCAGGUCCCGACCGAGGCCAGUUUCCACAGGUGACUUGGAAAGACUCAUUCCAGCAGACGCUAGAUUUCAGAAAGAGACAGAUCCCAAAUCCAUGUUGCCUCUGUGCCAUGCCGGAGACAUGCCCUUGCUCAGCAUGGACCCCAAAUUCCAGAACGACUUGGUCUCCAAGAAUGGCAUCGACGUGUAUCCUUACCCAAGCCCCCUUCAUGCGGUGGCUUUACAAAGUCCCCUUUUCUCCCUGGUGGGGACAUCCCCAGAAGCAGACCUCCAGGCUCCUCCCAGCAAACCCGUGCCUAUUGCAGCAGGUCCCAACUUGAUUCGGACUAGGCCAACCGCUGAGGCCAAGCCAGGGGGUUACAUCAAUAAAUUACUGCAGCUGACGAGAUGCAAAGGGAACAAUCGGGCUGAUGCCAGUGAGUGGGUUUCAACAAAGAGCCAGCCAGCCACAAUGCACCAGAGACUCAUUAUAACCCCUAGCGCGGGUGGAGUGAAAAUUAACAGCAGCAGUAGCCAGCUGGAAAAACAAGUGAGUUCUCUGGAAAGUAACAAAGCUGAAGGGAAGCUGCAGAGGGAGGUGCCAGAGGGGGAAUGUGCCAAGCAGCAGGAGACUGUGCGCUGUGUGAAUGAAGAACAGCCAUCCACUCGGUCUGACGCAGAGCCAUCAGCUGUGAAUAGUUGCUAUCCUGCCAAGGCAGCAGCAAGGGGCUCUCCUCUGGCAGAAGUGACGGAGAGCAGUGUGGAGUCCAGUUCAUCCUGCUCGCAGCUGUGCCAGGAGGACUCCAGCCCGGGCACCUGGAAUGCUAAAGCCAUCCCACCCAGAAAGCUGCCCCUCAAAAGGUGCGGCAAUGCCAAAUUGGCUAACGCUGGGGGUCAUGAGCGAGCGGCACGGGGCGAAUUUGUUCAUGCUCAGUUUGUCCCAGCAGAAUCCCACCAAGUCCGGGUCAGGUUUGCCAGCUCCAAAACAAAGGCGGUGAAGAUAAAGAGGAGGAACAGUGAAAAGGCUCUACGGCCUGGGAGGCAAGCCUUUUGCGUGGAGAAGGCGAGAGGGUCCCAUGGGGCUGCUAGGCUGCCUGCGGAGUGGAAUCAGCCCCAAAAACCACAUGGAGCGAAGAGCCUCGUGCGGAGACCUUCCUAUUCUGGUGACGUGACCGGCAGGUCGUGCUCAGAGUCUAGCCUGUUCCCAGUGCAGGUAAGGCUCCCCACAGUGCCACCCGGGCCAGAGCUUUACAGAACCUCUGCCAAUGCACUGUAUUCCCUCGAAGCAGCUUGCGCAGAUACAGCCAACAAGAAGAAGCAGCGCAAGUGGCAGUCCACAGUGGAGAUCUCUGCCAAGGCCCACCUGGCCAGCCUCUCGAGCAGCUUUGGCCCAGGAGCACCGAGGCAGCCAGCAAGGAGAGCUGGUGUCUUGCGCACUGUCAGCGUGAGGGCUCGCCCCAAGAGCCAGCGCCACGGAGCUUAUGCCAAAAGCGAGUCAGACCACUCCGAGUACUCUGCAGAGUGCGCUUCCCUCUUUCACUCCACCAUAGCAGAGACCAGCGAAGGGGAGGUCAGCGAUUUCACAGCUAACCGUUUCGGGGACAGCGAGUCCAGUGAAAGCGAUUCGGAUGGCAGCAGUAACAGCAGCAGCCUUGCCCUUGACUAUGACGAGGGGGAUGAAAGUGAGCUGAUUUGGCCCGAAGGUUCGGUCAGACAAUCAGGGACUGUCCAGGCCUCUUCCAAGCCUCUUCCCCCGGUGCCCAAAAUCUGUCGCAUCAAAGCUUCAAAAGCACUGAAGAAGAAGAUUAGGAGAUUCCAACCUGCCUCUCUGAAGGUCAUGACCAUGGUUUAA